CUUACUGAACUUGAAAAAGAUUGCAUUAUCUACAAUAAACUAUCGUACUUAGAAAACAUUGUAAUUUCAAGCUAAUUGGUUGUUGAAAGUGCUAUGAAAAAUUAUAAACUGUCCCUUACGGAUUUAUAGCACCAGUGUAGAACUAGCGAAACCAAUACAGUGUAGGAGAACCGAGCCUAUUUAACCAAUCGCUCCCUCAAGAAAAUUCGUCUUGUCGUCAACAGGUGAUCCCCUCGCCGAUGUUUCUCGCACUACACCUUAAAAAGUUAAUUAUGAGAAGUCUUAGUUUCCCAAGAACACUUCAAUGCUGGAAUACAGUGAAAGGAUAUAUGGGUAUACAUCAUUAUAAAUGGUAUCACCCACCCCCUCCUGUACCCAAAGGCCACAAGGGCAUGACCGUCGACUUACGUUCAGAUACUAUCACAAAGCCCACAGAAGGCAUGAAAAAAGCAAUGAUGGACGCACUUCUAGGGGAUGAUGUAUAUCGAGAAGAUCCCACAGUAUCAGAACUGGAACACCGUAUGUCUGUCCUAACAGGGAAAGAAGCUGCCUUAUUUGUACCAUCAGGUACCAUGGGAAACCUUAUUGCAGUCCUUGGUCACUGUGAGCAGAGAGGCUGUGAAGCUUUGCUGGGGGAUCAGGCACACAUAUUUCUCUAUGAGCAGGCAGGCAUGGCUCAGCAUGUUGGUGUUCAGUUUCAUAUGCUUCCCACAUCACCCAGUGGAACAUUCAAUUCUCAGGAUAUCCUCAGUCGACUAGGUGGUGUGCAGCCUCAUAUCAUUCCAACUGCUUCCGAUGGAACAUUCAAUUCCCAAGAAAUACUAAACCGUUUUAGAGAUACUGAUGUUCAUUGUCCAAAAAGUGCUUUGGUUUGUAUUGAAAAUACUCACAAUGUUUGCGGAGGAAAAGUUUUGCCCUGCCAUUGGAUUGAUGAGGUAGGUAGCAUUGCCCACUCAAUUGGACUCCCCUUGCACUUGGAUGGGGCACGCUUGAUGAAUGCUGUAAUUGCUAGUGGGAUUAGUGCAGAACGUAUUCUUCAAUCUUGUGACACAGCAUCUAUAUGUUUCAGCAAAGGUCUUGGCACUCCUGUUGGAUCUGUCAUUGUUGGUUCCGAAGAAUUUAUACAUAAAGCUCUCCGUUUACGCAAAGUCCUUGGAGGUGGUAUGAGGCAGGCUGGCAUGCUAGCAGCUGCAGCUUUGUAUGCCCUUGAUAACAUGGUGGAACGUUUAGCAGAAGACCACAUGCGUGCCAAAUGCUUGGCAGAAGCAAUUAGUGGGACUGGGAGUAAGAAUGUGACCUGCAAACCUGAUGAUGUUCAUACGAAUAUUGUCAUCGUUAAUCUUAACCUUGCUGCCAUAACGCCAGAAGAAUUUUGUAAUAGAUUGGCUGUGGUGAGUGAGGAUGAAUCCAGAGAGAUAGGUGAAGAGGUAGCCAUUAAGGUGUUGCCUUGGACAGCAACUGCUGUUCGUUUUGUUACACAUCAUGAUGUAUUUCAUGAGGGGAUUGAAGCUACUAUAGCUAAAUUGAAAUAUGUGAUCAGGGAAAUUGAUAGUAAGGUUAGGUAAUAUAAUAUUCAAAUUCUUGUUAUUUUGGUUUUCUUUUAGAUUUAUCAACUAAUAACAAUUGCUAAUGUAGAUGUUUUCCACAUAAAGUUUUAUUACUGAAAUGGGACUUUUGGAAUAUGCUUUCCACAGAAGUUCAAAGAAUUCUUCUUGAAUUUGGUAGUCCUUUGGAAAGUAAGACAUCUCAGGUUCUAUCCUGUUACUUAAUAGUUAUUGAGUUUAGUGUUUUAUUUUGUUUGUUAUAUUUUUAAUUUGUUGAAUGUAGAUUGUAUAGAAAAGUUUAUUGUAUUUAGAUUACGUAUGAGUAUUUGUAUAAUCUGAAAUGUUUUAGUUAUAUAGUCGUGUACAGUAGUUCCUAUGGCUGAAUUUCAUUGCAGUAUUUUAGUGUUAAGUUUAUAAUAAAAAGUGCAACAAU